AUGUCUGCGAAUCAGGCAAUUGAUCCAGAAGUCUUUGAUGACCCAGUCUACUGUCCAAUACCGACAAGAGACUCAGUAAUACGGUAUCAGAAUACCAAUGACAGACGGUCCACCUUUGAAUCGAAGGCUGAUGGCUCUAAGCAGCAACCGUCAGAUUCGUCGAUGAUGAUAGCCUGCAAUGUUAGAGCUUUGAUAGUGCAAUUGACGUCUCCCACCAAGAUUGACUACUCGUUCAUGUUUGACUUCUUCUUUACAUAUAGAUUAUAUCUGGAACCAGAUUUCCUCAUGAAUUUACUCUUAGCAAGACUUGAAUGGUGUCUUAAAGGGGGGAACAAUGUGAGCGUGCGAAGACUGGCUUUAAUCAGAACUUUUGUGUGUUUACGUCAUUGGUUGCUGAAUUACUUCCUUGAUGACUUCACGGAUAACACAAAGAUUAGAGCAUCUUUUGUUGCUUGCAUAAAUAGGUUUGCUUCCGAUUCAUCGUACAGAAAAGAUCAGCUGAUUUCCAAGAUUCUUGUCGAUUUGAAGAAAAUAUAUAUCAAGCUGUGCGAAAUCUAUUGGUCGACCCUACCUUUAGAGAAACUCGUCAAUGUGGAAUUGAUCAACUACAACCUUUCAACUUAUGAAAAUCUUAACUCAUCAAGGCUAUCUUUAGUGGGAUUGCAGCAUGUCCACAAUCCCGCCCUUCGAAGAUCUGAGAUAGUUUCCCUUAACGAAAGGAACUCGCUGUCGUCUACCAAUCUUCUGUUGCAACAACUGGAUUCAAAAGUAUCAAACUCAUUUUUACCCAACAAUAGAACCACUUCUUUUCAUUUGUCAAGUAAACCUGCAUCAGUUGUACUGAGAACAGCAAGACCAAGGCAUCCCCAUCAUCAACUUAAACCCAAGGAUUCGCUAAUUAGUUUAAGCACUGGUAUAAAGUCAACAAACGCUAAUCAAGAAGCGAGUAUGUCAUUUCCGGAAAAUGAGCAUAUCAAACGUCUUUCGAAGGUUGAUGACUACAAUAAGGAGAACACUAACAUAUUGGAAGGUGGAAUAUCUAUGUUCAAAGAUGCCAAAGUUAGUUACAUCGUGCCAUCCACUCCUCUCAAAAAAAUGAACAUUGAAAUAAGACAAAGGUCUUCGCCUCAAGUCAGCCCUAUUAAAAGAAAACCGACUUUGAGUAAUAAGAACCCCAAGAAGGGUCUAUUUGGUCUGCAUUGGAGGAAUAAGACUUUGCCUACCUCUGCGAUACCUCCUGAACGCAAAAGUAAGUUUCAGGUAAUUAAUCAACCAUCGGCGGACCUUGGGGAGAAAACAAAAGUUUCCCUACCAACAGAAAAAUUGGAUAUUCUGGGGCAGAGAGUCAUCGAAGAGUUCAAUAUUUUACUUACAAAGAAAGAGCUUCGCAACAGGAUUGCGAAAUAUUCGUUGCUUGAACAAAAACAAUCAAAGCGUAGAUCAAAUUUGUCAAUUCUCAAUGCAUUUGAAAAGCACUGUAGCAAAAGAGAUAGCGAAAGCAUCAUACACGAAGUUAACACCACAAUCAAUGCUGAUGAACUCUUACUAGCCUUCAACAACAAAAACGAUAACAGAACUUCGGCCAAUCUUGAUAACGAGGCCAGUUUCAAUGAAGGUGUUGUGAAUAUGGACUUGAACCUAUCUAAACGAUCUUCUUUUAGGAGUCCAUCGGUAACACUUAAUUGGUCUCACUCCAUGAAUAUGACAAUAGAUAUGGAUUACGAACCAAUACAAGAUGGCAAGAUUCCAAACCCUCCGGAGGUUUUGCCCGACUUGCUAUCAGAUAAUAUGGACAAUAGUGGCGAUCUUGCUGAAGAGGAUUUCCAUUCUACAAAGAGUCACAUUUCUUUCACUGAAGAUGAAGUUUUAUCUUCAAGUAUGCUUGAGAAGCUUCAAGAAGAUAGCCGACAUAUGACUCCACAGCCUGAACAGAAGAAUGAGAAGAAUCAAGAAGAGGAACCAGUAUUACUUCCAGUUUCUGAAUUGGACUUCAAGCCUUGCACUGACAUUCCACAGGUGGACGACUCUUUUGCGAUGGAAGCUCAAAAGCUGACUUCUAGUUUGCAAAUAAACUCACCUACGAAUACUGCAGGCGUUACUGGGACAAUUUCACAACAAGGAGAAGAACUAGUAUUCUCUUUGGAACCUCUACAUCAGACAAUUAGUUAUCAGAGUUUCAAUAACAGAUUCUCCAUUAGAAAUAUCUCUAGAGAAAGCUGCAGCACCCACAAAUCUUAUGUUACUUAUGACUCCGACUUGAGCCAUAUCGACAUAUCCGGAAGCGUAGAAUACGACUCUUUUGGCUAUAAAUCCCUUAAGAAAAAAACAGGAUUUUCAAGUUUACGAAUUGGAGUACUUAAUGAGCAGUUACUUAGAGAGUUGCCAUUCUAUGAACAGCCCGAUGAACAAGCUUGUCAAGAAUGUGCACCAGUCUCAGGAGAAGUGUUAUCAUCAGACGAUGAAUUGACUCCAACCAUGAUUUUGGAGCAUCAAAGGCCACGUAGUAGAUUGCUUCAACUUUUCCAGGAAGACUUGAGCGUAACCAAAAAGGAAACAAGGGAAUCGGGAGUUCAGCCUGAGUCGUCUCCAAAAUCCUCUAAUGUUAGUAUGAUUUCAUCUGUUAGUUCUUCUUCCUUUGUGUUACCAUACCCGGGGUUAAGUACUACAGCGAUAGCUGAACUUGCCGCUAUUCCAGAUGAUGCUGGACUGGAGGAUCCUAUCCAGGCUGCCCUGAAUAAAUUGGAAGCAAAUGACAAGGAAGAGGCUAUGAGUCUAUAUGGACUCAACGAUGAAGUCGAACAUUUCAAUAACCAACCAUCCACUCAAAGACCCUCUUUGGAAGAAUUAAAAAUCCAGGAAAAUGUAAUUGACUUGUUCAUAAAUAAUCCAUUACAGAAAACGCCCAUUACCGUGCAUCAGAACACUCCGACACCAAAACAAGUUUUCAAAGACGAGCUUGAACUCAGCGAAAGUGAUAUCUCAAAAUCGGAAUUGUCUUCAUCAACUUCUGGAAAAGAAAAUGCAACAAAGAUCAUUGCAACAAACUUUGACCAUACAGUGGAGAAUACAAUGAGCAACGGCAACCAUAUUUCGUUUGUUCUAAGCUACGACUCAGAGUUAUUAGCUCAACAUUUCACAAACAUUGAGAAGGAUGCAUUAAGUGAGGUUGAUUGGAAAGAACUUGUAGAAAUGAAGUGGGAAAGUACUUUGGAGCCUAUCCACAGUUGGUUUGAACUUUUGUUGAGCAAAAUUUCGAAUAAUGGGGUUAACCUAAUUAUUUCCAGGUUCAACUUAAUGAACAAUUGGAUAAUCUCAGAGAUCUUGUUGACUGCAAACUUGGAAGACAGAAUGUUGACAAUUUCUAAAUUUAUCCAUAUUGCUAAGCAUUGUCAGUCGUUGCAGAAUUACGCCACUUUGUUGCAGAUAGUCUUAGCUCUGAACUCAACCAGAAUCAGCAGGCUCAAAUCCACUUGGGAAGGAAUUAACGCGGGUGAUAUUCUUAUCCUUAGAAGUCUUGAGAAAAUCACGUAUCCGUCCAAAAAUUUCCGUAAUUUGAGGAUCGAAUUAGACAAAGUGACAGCAUCCAAAGGAUGCAUACCGUUCAUUGGUAUUUACCUGAAUGAUCUUAUUUUCAACAAUGAACGUCCUUCCGUCAUAAAGAAAAAUGUGGAAAGUUCUAUCCAGACAAAAGUCAAGAUUAUCAACUCGCUUGCGGAAGAUGACACAGAAUUGAUUAAUAUAAGCAAGUUUUCAUUACUAUCUAGCAUUGUGAAAAAUCUCCUUCAAAUGAUCGAUUGGUCAAAGUUCUACGAUUUUAAAACCGAUAAAGAGAUUCUCAGCAAAUGCUUGUACAUCCGUUCACUUAGUGAAAAGGAAAUGGACUAUUGCUUUAACUGUAUCGCCGAAUAG